AUGCGACCAAUUAAAGCACGUGAACAACUUGCCAUACCUGAUGAUGUUAAAGUCAGUGUAAAAAGUCGCGUUGUUCAAGUAUCAGGCAAACGUGGCAAACUUGUACGAAGUUUUCGUCAUGCCCGAGUCGAUAUUUCCAUGCCUAAGAAGAAUUUGAUCGUCGUAGAAAAAUGGUUCGGCACAAACAAAGAAAAUGCCGUUGUUCGUACAAUUUGUUCACAUAUUAACAAUAUGAUCAAAGGUGUAACAAAGGGAUAUUGUUAUAAAAUGCGUUCAGUCUACGCUCACUUUCCCAUCAACACCGUCGUUACCGAAAAUGGUCAAGCAGUUGAAAUCCGUAACUUCUUAGGUGAAAAAUUCGUUCGUCGUGUUAAAAUGCAACCAGGUGUAAAGAUCACUGCUAGCACAAAACAAAAAGAUGAACUCAUUCUUGAAGGCAAUGACAUCGAACUUGUUUCACGAUCAGCUGCACUCAUUCAGAUGUCAACAUCAGUUAAAAACAAAGAUAUCCGUAAAUUUCUUGACGGUAUCUACGUCAGCGAAAAAGUUUCAGCCGAUGAAGCAUAA